AUGUCUGCGUCGUCAACUGACUUUGAAAAAGGAAUGAUUGCAAUAUGCACAUUCAGUUCGCUGAGCAAUAUCCUAGCUUCAUUUAUGCUUUUUUGGAUCGCGACUAAUCCAGGUCCAAACAAAACAAUCGCCCGUUUAAUAAUGAAUUUGUUAGUUUCGGAUUGGUUGCAAAGUUUUGGGUUUUUGAUGAGUUUUAAUUGGCUGGCAAAAGGAAAAAUACAGCAAGGAAAGUAUUGCCAAUUGCAAGGAGUUAUCAUUAAUGUGGGAGACCUUACGUCUGGAUUUUGGGCAACUAGUAUAUGUCUACAUACAUAUCUGUUAAUAGUUAACGGCCGCGAGCCAAAAAAUCUCCUCAAAAUUUUAAUGAAAUGUAUCUGGCCGAUUAGCAUAUUGAUCUCGUUAAUUGGUCUCCUCAUACAACAUCCAAAUGAUCCAUUCUACACGUCAGCCAGCGGAGCUUGGUGUUGGAUUGGCCCGAACUACAAAGAAUACCGAGUGAUACUGCACUAUGGAAUUCUCAUUGUGUUCGCGAUUAUUAUGAUUUUUUUGUACAGUUGGAUGUUUUUGAACGUAUAUCGACGUCAAGAACGCGUGGAAAUGGAAGCCACAAGAAAAGUAUUCCAAAAAACUAACAAAAAAUUGAUUUGCUAUCCGACUCUUUACCUUGUUCUUGUACUUCCUUUGGGUUUAGAACGUUUUCUUUCUCUCGGCGGUACCAUAUUACCCUUUUCAUACCUAAUCGCAGCCGCAUGCAUUUUCACAUCCGCCGGCACGGUAAACAGUAUAAUUUACGGAAUAACAAGGAACGUAGUCUCCGUAAAGCCUGUACGCGAAUUUGUUCCAAAAAUCAAACGACAUUUAAGCACCAUCGUAGUCGAUCCACAAUCACUAAACGCUAACGGCGUUGAAUCUCACUACAAUGCACACAUUUAUGUGGAGGCCGAAAUUGGAAAUUUAAAUGAAAAAUCAGAAAAAAAUAACAUUGUUCGCGUGCCAUCCAUCGAAAAUUUUCAUGCUUUGACGUGCUCGGUUCCUGUUCAACCAUUAGAGUCUAUUUAUCGACCAUCAUCAUCACGAAAUAAAGUUUAUGAACUACCGCUAUACAGUUAA